AUGAAUGAAAUGAAAACAUUUCAAAAUUUCCAAGUCUAUUUAUAGUUUUUCCCACGUUCUGCAUUCACAAACGUUGCAUUUUUUAGUAUAUUUAUUUUUAAUAAGUGUUACUCCCUGUAAAAUGGGUCGUAAGUCGCAAUCUAAACAAUCACAAAAGAAGAACAUUGGUAAAGAAAACAAUAAAUUCAUUCAGAAUAGAAAAGAGCUCAAUGUUCUUAUUGAUAAAGUGCUUAAAUUAACAAGCAUCUUUCAAGCUGCUUGCAAUGUGAGCAAAAGCUGGGAACACCAUUUGGAAAUUAAUGAACUCCUCAGACUUAUCACAAAUAUAGAAAUAGGCUAUGGUAGUAAAAAUAAACGAAAUCCACGUCAAGCAAACAUAGAAAAAUACUUAAAAUGGUUAAGAGAAAACGGAGCACAAUUUGAUGGAGUAAAAAUUGCUGAAUUUGAAGGUUAUGAGUUGGGAUUGAAAACUACUAAAGAUUUCAAAGAAGGUUCAUUGAUUCUCACUGUGCCUGCUAAUGUUAUGAUGUCCGAGAGAAAUGCUCAGGAAUCUGAGCUUUCGGAGUUUAUUAAAGUUGAUCCAUUAUUACAAAACAUGCCUAAUAUAACACUUGCUCUAUUUCUGUUACUGGAAAAAAAUAAUCAAGAAUCCUUUUGGAAGCCCUAUAUAGAUAUAUUACCAGAAAAAUAUACUACGGUUCUGUACUUCACUCCUGAAGAACUGACUGCACUUAAGCCAUCGCCGGUUUUUGAGUCAGCGCUGAAGUUAUAUAGAAGUAUUGCAAGACAGUAUGCAUAUUUUUCCAAUAAAAUCCACAGUUUAGAUAUACCAGUUUUAAAGAAACUGCAAGAAAUAUUUACUUUUGAUAACUACAGAUGGGCAGUGUCUACGGUAAUGACGCGACAGAACAACAUACAACUGGGAAACUCUGACGUCACAGCCUUCAUCCCGCUUUGGGACAUGUGCAACCACGAGCACGGAAAGAUUACCACAGAUUUUAAUAAAAAAUUAGGAAGAGGUGAAUGUUACGCUCUACGCGACUUCAGAGAAGGCGAACAGAUCUUCAUAUUUUACGGUGCCCGCUCAAACGCCGAUUUAUUCCUACACAAUGGGUUUGUUUACUGCAACAACAAAUAUGACAGUCUGUCACUCACCCUCGGCAUCAGUUCAGGUGAUCCCUUGCGGGAUACUAAGCUGUCUGUCCUCAACAAACUGGGUUUAGCUGGUGUCACCCACUACAGUCUAUACCAGGGAGAGAAUCCUGUUAGUCCUGAACUACUGGCUUUUAUAAGGAUAUUCAACAUGAACCAAGAGGAGCUUACAAAGUGGUCGAGUAUCGGUUUACCAAGUGAUCUAGUGUCAUCAGACUCCACUAGUUCAACAGCUAUAGGUGAGAUUAUUGAGAGGCGAGCUCAUAAGUAUUUGCUGACGCGUUGUCAACUCAUAAGAGCCGCAUACGACAGAGAAUCAGAGGAUAAAGAACCAGAAAAUAUACACAGGAAAAAUGUGAAACUUUUAAAGCAAUGUGAAGUACAAAUACUAGACGGUGCCAUAAAGUAUUUGGAAAAUGUUUUAAAGAAUUUACCAGGGAUUGAAUGAAUUCUACUAUUCCUCCCCCGAUGUGAUGUAGAAAUAGAAAUGUAGCUUAAGGAAAAAAUAUGAACAAAUCAAAUAAUCAUGACAGUAUUUUAAACUUAUGUGCAAAGCUUAUGCGUUUUAUGUGUUAUAUUACUUUAAUUUAUUGUAACUAAUUUGUUUUCGAAGUAUUUUUACAACGAAUUUUUUUUUAUAAGUUGUUAACUUAGGUGUUUUAUAUGUGUGUGAUUUAUAACAAUGUUGAUUAUUGUAAACUUU